GGGAGAGGAGUGUGGGAGCGGUUGGGAGGGGUUCCCUGGGAUGGAGGAGUGGGAGCGCAGGGCGGUGAGAGGGUGUGAUGUGGCCGGGCUGCCUGAGAGGAGGUUCUCACGGGGAGCAGACGACUGGCCGUUAGGGCAGCUCUCUAAAACAGGAGCACAGGAGGCGGAGGCGCUUGGCAGAAGGAUCAGGGAGACGUACGGUGCAGCGCUGUUGGACGGGCUGGUGGCGGGCUGUGAGGGGGAGAGAGAAGAAGAAGGAGGAGGAGGAGGAGAAGGAGAGGGAGGAGGAGAGACCGAAGGCGAAGGGGAUGUGAGGAGGAAGGAAGGGAUACCGGGUGCACGUGAUGCAGACAGAGGGGUGAACGUGCAUCCCUCUGAUUUGCGCGUUUACCAGAGUGCACUCGAUGAGGCAUGUGGCAUGAAGCAUGGCUCUGGUGCGGUAGCUGACUCCAGCCUCACUCAGUGCGGGGGCAGCAGAGAGACAGAGACAGAGACAGAGACAGAGACCUCGCUAAAAAGAGAGACAGAGGCCUCUUGUCUCGCGCAGUCGCUGGCAGCCGCCAUUCGCGUGAGAGCCACCAGCUUCCCGCGGACCUACCACUCAGCCUUCUUCAUGCUCCGUGGGUUGCUGGGGUCACAGGCGGCAGCGGCAGCAGCAUGUGGGGCGAUGGAGAUCCGGGAGGACAAGGACGAGACGCUGAUCGACUCGGGACGAUGCGAGCGCGCCACUCAGUUGGCUCACUCGGCUUGGCGCAGAGUCACUCAGGGCCUCCCUCCCCUCACCCCGCCCUCUGAUGCUCCUGCCGCUCCUGCUGCUGCUGCUGCUGCUUCUGCCGCCAGCGUUGCUGCCGCUUCCUUAGAUGGCGUUCUCCCUGCUGCUGGUUCUGCUCCUAAUGCCCCUCCUUCUGCUGUUGGUGCUGCUACUAAAGGUGCUACCACUACCGGUAGCACUACUACCGUUGGCGGUGAUGGUGGUGGUGGUGGAUGGCGCAAGAAACAGGUGCACGCACGUGAGGCGCUGAGGACCGUCCUAGGCCUACCAUCCGGCCCGUUCCCCUGGCCUUGGGCCAUAGACUUCGUGCAUUGCUGCCACCACCACGGGGACCCUCUCCCACUGCACAUCACCCCCCCUCUCAUCCACUCCAUCCGCUCCCUCAUCGCACAAGACUACGCCAAGGUCUACUCCUGUCGACCUGUGGCUCGUCUCUCCAUGGGCCCUCUCCUACGUGACCUGCACCGCUGCCUCUCCCACUGCAUAUGUGCUAACAACACCUCCUACUCUUCCUCCUCUUCCUCAGCAGCCCCCACCACCACCACCACGCCCCCUCCAUCCCCUCGACUCCACCUCUACUCGGCACAUGAUGUCACGUUGCUGCCUCUGGCUGCAUCUCUGGGCGUCCCCUACGUCUCAUGGCCGGUCUACACGUCAUCCCUUGCCAUUGAACUCUGGGCCGAACCCCCUCCAUCAAAGCGCACUCGCCCCCCACACGCGCACUCGCUCUCCCACACAUCUGCUCCGCUCGCUUCUACUUCCGCUGACCGCCCCUCCUCCUCGCGCGCUCGCAUCUUUGUGCGCGUGCUUCGGGACUUUGAGCCUGUUGCCCUGCCACGCCGUGUGCCUGACGGGGAGGCAAGCUCUUGGCUGGUAGUAGGUGAUUGUGGGAAAGAGGAAGAGAUGGUGUCUGGCAGUCUGCUUGGGGAUGGGGGCUCUGCCGUUCGCCUCAUGACUAGGGAUGAGACUGUUCCCCUGUCGUGCCGUGUGCCUGAAGGGGAAGCAAGCUCUUGGCUGGUAGAUCGUGGGUGGGAGGGGGAGCAGGUGUUGUUUGGACGGCAGCCUGGGGAUGGGGGCUCUGACGCUGGCCUCAUGACUUGGGGUAAGACUGCCCCCGUGCCAGGCCGUGUGCCUGAAGGGGAGGCGGUGACUCAGGCGAGCACUUGGCUGGUGGAUGAUAGUGAGCAGGAGGAGGAGCAGGUGUUGGAUGGCUGGCAGCUUGGGGAUGGGGAGGAUGCUGACGUGGGCGUCUUGAGUAGGUCUGUCCCCCCUUCCCCCCUGGAGGAGUUAUGUAGCUGGGAUCAUUUUGAGCGCAUUAUGCUCUGGACCUGUGCACCAGGUGGUGACGAGUAGCACAGGCACUACAUUGGCGUGAAUCUUUCAUGGAGAGUUGUUGGCCCGCUAGUCAGCCGGCCAGGUGAUGCUUGUUCAUAUGGAAGUUUACGGUAUCA